GGUUUAUGUUUGCAGUCACUUCAGAGAGCUUGGCAAACUUCUGUUACACAGUUAUGAUGAAAGUGUUUGAGGCUUCCUUUGAGAAAUACUGAAAACUACAGAGGGACACUAAAUCAUAAAGGAGCAGUGAAACUAUGGAAAUACCAGCCAUAAAUCUCAAGGCCAUCGUGUUGGCUCACUGGUUACUGACACUCUGGGCAUGUUCGUUUCCCUGGCUUCCUACUUCUUAUGCGUUGGGGAACAUGAGUGUUCUUGCAGUGGGAGUGUGGGCCAUUGCACAAAGAGACUCCAUAGAUGCUGUAUUAAUGUUCUUGAUUGGCUUGGCAGUGACCAUCCUGACUGAUAUUGUUCAUUUUGGGCUGUACUAUGCGAUUGCUGAAAGGGGAAAAACUGACUUGUUCCGCUUUUGUGGGGGCAUGGCUAUCCUGAACCUGCUGCUCAAACCUGUUUCCUGUUUCUUUGUCUACCAAAUGUACCGUGAGCGAGGUGGCGAAUACAAUGUCAACUUUGGUUUUCCAAAGAUAACUCGAAACAGAGAUGCCUACGAGUCCAUUGACCAUCAGGACCAGUCUGGUAGCUCUGCCAGCUCCUACAACCAAGCAGAAGGUGGCAAACCUGGGCCAAGUCCCUACUAAACAAAGACCAGGCCCAAAAUAUAACCAACCAGCUUUCUCUGCUACCAAGGCCAUAAUGUAUAAGGAAUUUUUGAUUGGUUUAUGGAAGUAAUUCUUUUUAGAAUUUUUUUUUUUUUUUUGUAUUUCGUGGAUAGAUAGUACAAGCUUCAAAAACAUGAACAAUAGUCUUUAGCAAACUAUUUAAACAGCUGUACAUUUAGUUGUUUUUUAGCCUGAGGUUUGUGAAGCUCAUAAUGUUCAAGUGGUGGAGAUGGAGUUGGAUCUCGAGUUGUAGUUGGUGCACCACUGUAAUAGCUGUGAUCUUACAUGGUAACUUCCCAGGAACUGUCCUCAAUAUAAAGUGGACACCAACCACAAUGUAUAUGUAAAGCCUAAUUUACUGGCCACUGCUGUGUAACAUCAGAGUAGUUACAUGAUGCUAAUAUAAAGUGUAACACUUUCUUUACCAAAAAGUGCUAAUAGUCCUGAUACACAUUUGUUUUUUCAUUACCAAAAAAUGUUACCAAUGUCCUGUUACACAUUUGUACUGACACACACCAUUCAGUGGGUUAUUACAUAUGUGUAGUUACACAAACAUUACAGCUGUAGAUACUAUGUACUAAUGUGUAUUUACACUGUGGUUACAUAGUAUACACAUCUAGUUACUAUGUAAGUACACCAGUAUUAGGGAUAUUUAAUAUAAAGUGGGACAGAUUCUUGUUACACCAUAUGCCAUGCAAUCUGUUCUAUAUUUAUGUAGUUCAAUUAAUUCACUUAUUUAUUUGCUAAGCUGCUAAAUUUGGACAUCUGAGAAUUGCGAUUUGCUCAUUUUAAAGACAUAUAAAAGUGGUAAAUUUGAUCCAGGAAUGACAGAAAUGCAUUUAGAUAAAAACAAUUAUUUAAAGGAGUGUGAAACAAAUAUUAAAACAUGGAGAUUAUGUCUUUUAAAGAAAAUUCUGAUACCAAUCACCAGAUCACCAGAUGCUCUGUCACCAGAUCACCAGAAUUGUAAAAGAAUUAUUUCACAUCAAUGUUGUGUUCCAUGUUCGAAAGAAAGUCAUGUGAAAUUAUAAAAGCAUUUUAUUUUUGGCUGAGCUAUUCCUUAACACAAAUGUGAGUGUUAUCUUAACAGCUUUAGAAGACAAUAAAAUUUUACAUGUAUGUACUUUUGCAGAAUAAUCCAGUAUAUUUACAUGAAUAGGAAGGCAGUAUUGUCAUAUAUGUCACAAGAAGUUAUAAUUAAAAUCAUUAAAUCCUAAGAGAAUAGUUAACUUCCCUGUUCACAUGUAUGAGAAUUGAGGAAGUUCAGGGUGCUGAAUGAACUGAAAGUAGUAGAAUGGCUGAUGCGUGUACAACUUGAAGUCUUUUUCUCCAACAGAGGGUGCACUGUGGCUCAUGAAGCACCAUUCACACUUCAGCUGUUGUUGUAGCUUGGUGUAAUGUUAAAGGAAUCAUGUGAAAACGUGGUUAGGUGGUUAGGUUUAAUGAUCCUCCGCUUAUUCAUUUAAAGUGUUACAAAACAUAAAAAACACAAAAAGGAAGAAUAACUGGAACCAUAUAUUUACAUUUGCUUUCAGUCAUUUAUCAGAUGCUUUCAUCCAAAGUGACUUACAAAUGAGUACACCAGUCAGUUUAUUAUAAUUAUUAUUUUAUUCUGCAUAAAAGAAAACGUAAUAACCUAAUCUGAAAUGCAUUUUGCUAAAAAAACACUUAAUUUAGCAGUCUCUGUGAAAUAUCACAUAAAACGUUGUCUGUUUUGAAUACUUUAGCAGAUUCCUGUUGAAAUUAAUGCAUUUCACAAGCGAAAAAUUGAUGAACAAUGGUGAAUGUGACCGUACCAUUAUUAUCAAAACCAAACAGAAUAAACACGGCAAUAAAUGGCUUUA